AUGAAGCCACAAGACACGACGGUGGAGAAUCUCAAGCUGAAGGCAUUUCCAUUCUCCCUAGUUGACACAACUAGGGAGUGGCUUUUCUACUUACUGGUGGGAUCCAUUACCACUUGGGCACAGAUGGUGAGAGCAUUGCUUGACAAGUACUUUUCCGCAUCCAAAGCCGCCGGGCUUAGAAGAGAGAUAUAUGGGAUCAAGCAGAAGAACAUGGAGUCAUUAUACGAGUAUUGGGAGCGCUUCAAGCGCCUUUGUGGAAGUUGUCCUCAACAUGAUAUUUCUAAUGAAUUAGUAAUUCAAUAUUUUUAUGGAAGUUUGCUACCGAGGGAGAGAAAGAUGAUGGAUGCCACGAGCGGAGGAGCUAUAGUGAACAAUACGCCAACUCAAGCGAGGACCUUGAUAGAUACCACGGUGGAAAACUCCAAAAUAUUUGGAGUACGAAGUGACAUUGGCCAUGGCGCUAGUGAGGUACAUGUUAAAUCUUUAGAAAAUAAAAUAACUGAUUUGACUAACCUUGUGAAACAGCUUGCCAUGGGUAAUAUGCCUCAAGUCAAGGCAUGUGGAUUUUGCUCAUUAGUGGCACACCCCACCGAUGCAUGUCCGACUUUACAUGAAGAAGAAGAGCAAGUGAACGCCAUUGGGGGUGGCAACUUUCAGAACUCAAGCAACCGGGCUACCGACCCUUUCUCGAGCACAUACAACCCCGGUUGGAGGCAAAAUCAGAAUCUGAGCUAUGUCCUGAGGCAAGGACAAGAACAAGGUCAACAAUUUCAGCAAAGAGGUUCAUUCUAG